AUGUAUCCAGUGGUACCGUCUGGGCAGAUGACUUGGAUACGAGAUGGUCCCAAGCGUUUGAAUGCUAAGAAUAUCACCGAGGCCAUUGACAGCACAUGCAGCUUAAGUGUUUUCGGAUUGCAGACAGAUUACAUUGAUCAUUGGCCUGAUCGCCUGGGCUUCUGCACCUGUGCCAUAGCAGUUCAUGAAUGUCUGCAGUACUCCUUGUUCUACAAGGAAAAUUAUUUUGAACCAGCAUUUGGAUACGUUGAUAUUGCAGGGAAGUACAGUGUUCAUCCAGUAUCUCUUGCAAUAGGUUCGACACCUCUCCCUCCAAUUCUUUAUAGUUUCUUCAUGUUCUUAUCCACGUUAGGACUCUGGUUUGGAGACUUAAUGGGGGUCCUGCAGAUGCUAGGUUGA